AUGGCUCUUUCUCGUUUAAAUCGUAUCAUAGCCGUUGUUGUUCUGAUAUUUGCUAUUAUUUAUGGAUGGAAAUGUUUAUUUGAAGCUCGACGUCCACCAUGUUAUACAAUUGAUGUCAAAUAUUUUGGUUCAAACAUUCCAACAUCAAGUGAUAACGAAGAUUUUUCAAUAAAACCAUUUAAAAUUCCAUUUGAACGAUCACAAGUCGAUGAUAUGGUUAAUCGUGUAAGCAAAACGCGUUUUUAUGAACCACAAAUAUUAAUUGAUAAUAAUCUUGUUAAUAAAUCAACAUAUGGUUUUAAUCGUCAAACAAUUGAAAUGGUUCGAGAUUAUUUAAUUAAUACAUAUGAUUGGAAAAAAACUGUACAAGAAUUAAAUACAUUUGAUCAUUAUAAAACAAAUAUUGCUGGUUUGGAUAUUCAUUUUGUCCGUGUAACACAUAGCUCUCGAAUAAAUGAAAACAAAGAAGCUAUUUUAUUUUUACAUGGUUGGCCAAGUUCAUUUCUUGAAUAUCUUGAUGUUGCUCGUCUUCUUAAUUCAUCAUCAAAUACAAAUUAUGAUCUUAUUAUUCCAUCAUUACCUGGUUAUGGCUAUUCAGAUGCACCUUUACGUCCGGGUAUGAAUCCAACACAAAUCGCUCGUAUUAUGCAAAAUUUAAUGCAACGUCUUGGUCAUAGUUCAUAUGUUGUAUGUGGUGGUGAUUGGGGAGCUGCUAUUGGUACAAGUAUGGCACAAUUAUAUCCUGGUCAUGUUCGUGGACUUCUUAUAACAAUGUCUGCAGUAGCUACAACAUGGAAACAUUAUUUACAAUUAGCUCUUGGCCAUUAUGUAAAUCCAUCAAUAUUACUUGAUUAUGAUGAACAAGAAUUCUUAGUUCGACGUUUUAAUGCAUUUGAUUUUGCUAAAAUUUUAUGGCGAGAAGGUGGUUAUUUUCAUUUACAAGCAACAAAACCGGAUACAAUUGGUUAUGCACUUAAUGAUUCACCAAUAGGCUUAGCUGCUUAUAUAUUAGAAAAAUGGUCUCGUUGGAGUAAUAAUGAAAUUGAUAUUGAUCAAUCAAUUAAUUCCGGUUUAGAUCGUUUUACACUUGAUCAACUUCUUUCAAAUGUUGUUUUAUAUUGGACAACAGGAACAAUAACAUCAUCAAUGCGUCUUUAUUUUGAAUAUGCUUCUCAAAUAUCAUCUGGUCAUGAUGAUAAAAUUCUUAAGGGUCCAUUAGCUGCUUCAGUUCCUGUUGCUAUUGUUAAUUAUCGUAAUGAAAUACUUUAUGCACCACGCACAAUAGUACGAUCUAAAUAUCCAAACAUUAAAUUAUGGUUAUGUCAUACGACUGGUGGACAUUUUGCUUCAAUGGAAAAACCACGAGAAUAUGCUCGUGAUAUUGAAAAAUUUCUAUUACAACUUUGA